AUGGCCGCCGAUGCUGAGGUGACCAAUGCCGAGGCUUUCACAAGGCUUUGGUACCACGAGCUUUCACGUGUCUUCUGUGAUCGUCUCAUCAACAAAGCAGAUAAGGAGUGGUUCUACAAGGCAGCAGCCGAGCAGCUUAAGUCAAGGUUCCGAGUCCUGGACACUGAUCCUGAGAUUUGGAAUGCCUUGAUGUGGUGCAAUUUCCUUCGUCCGGUUGAAUCCCGAGUCUAUGAAGAGGCCAAGGACAAGACGAAGGUGCAGAAGGUCCUGGAGGAUGCCAACGAUGAGUACAACCUCUCACACACAGCACAGAUGAAUCUGGUUUUCUUCCAGGAUUGUGUUGAGCACAUCAACCGCAUUGCCAGAGUGUUGGCGCAGCCGAGAGGCAAUCUUCUCCUCGUCGGUGUGGGCGGUAGCGGGCGUUCGAGCUGCGCAAAGAUCUGUGCUUGCAUGUCUGAGACCAACGAGUUCAACAUUGCACUGACCAAGGGCUACGGCAUUGAUGCUUUCCGAGAAGAUGAGAAGAAGUUCCUGAUCUCUGCAGGUGCUGGAGCUGCGAAGGCAACGAUGUUCCUUCUGAGCGACACGCAGAUCAUCAAUGAGACAUUCCUCGAGGACAUCAACAAUAUCCUCAAUGCAGGAGAGGUGCCCAAUCUCUUCCCGAACGACGAGAUUGACCGCGUCAUAGCGGAGGCGCCCCUGCUGCCUGAGGAAGGCAGCGGUGGGGGUCCAGACUUUGGUUUUGCGGUUGCUAAGAAUGAGCGCCGCAGAAUGGAGGACGCGGUGGACGUCAAGGAGGACGUGGCCGGCUUCCGACUGUUCGUGGUGUAUGAUGGGCAUGCCGGAGAUGAAGCCGUGUCCGCCGUCAAGCGCAAUUUCCCCAAAGUGCUGGCAACGCAUCUUCAUGGUGAAAUGGAUGUCGAGCAAGCCAUUCGUUCUGAUAGCAAGGUCGCUCCUCUGAGGAAACGUCCAAAGCACUGCUAG